AUGGCUGACCAAUUGGCCUUGGCCAAAUCCGCUGCAUGGGCUUGGCUUCAACACGGACCCGAAUCCAACGGCCGGCUCGUCCGCGAACACGACGCUUCGAGGCCGAAAAUCGAGCCGAAACCAUCAAGGUACAAGCUAGAAGUCCUAAGAAAUAAUGUACAAGAAAUAGAGUACAAUUACAAUUCGAAAUCGCCUAGCGUAAUAUCAUUAACUAGUUGUAGUCGUAAGUCUGGUCAAAAUUCGCUUCUCGAUAACUAUGAGAUCGAGAGGAUAUCGAGACAUCUCGAGCAUUACAUCGAGUCGAGUCACGCAAAGCAAACCGAUCGAGUUUCCAAUAAGUUAGUUGUCGGCCAGAAGAAGAAGAAGAAGAAGAAGAAUACUACUCAUGCGAAAGGGUUCGUGUCGUGUGGCUCGUCGAGUGAUGAUGUGGCGGUACAAAGGCCGCGGCCGGAAAAAGCCCGUGUGGCGGUGGUGGAUGUCGCCAACUGUCGGCCGUGGCCGUGGGGCCGCGUGUGGGCCUAA